AUGUUUAAAGCAGUUAAUGUGCAACAAACUGCCAAUGUAGUUAAGGCAUCUCGUACUUUAGAACUUGCCUUUCGUUCGAAAGCUACAGAUUAUCUUACCAAAAAAUUCUUCGACGUUCCAGUUCAGGAAAAAUAUUCUAGACAAAGAAUUGAUGCUAUGAUCCACUAUUUUACAGCUGUUAAUUACGAUUAUGGGGCUCAUAUAAUGGAAGCUAAUGAUUUGAUUGGCGUUAUGAUAUAUACUGCUCCAGGGAAACAUUUACCUGUAAAGUUAACAUCAGAUCUUAAGUUCAAUAAGCAAUAUUUAGAAAAAAUUAAUCUUCGCAAAAAAGAAAUUAUACCUAAAGAAAUUGAUUAUUAUUAUUUAUUUAUGAUCGGUAAGAAUCCUGAAAAUCCAAACGUCAAAGGGUCUACUAGGGCACUUAUAAAUGACUUAAAAAAUCGUGCUAAUAACGAUAAUUGUGCAAUAGUACUGGAAGCUAUAUCUGAACAAGCAAAAGAAGUGUACAGAUAUUUCGGUUUUAAGACAUAUUUAACCUAUAAUUAUGGUGUUGGCGAAGUUAAUAGCAAAGGUGAACUAGACUCUCAAGGAUGCGGGUUGACUGCACAUUUGAUGGCUUACCAUAAAGAUGGUGACAAGAUUCUAAGAAAUUAA